AUGCCAGCAAGAUCCACUACCCAGCUGGUGUGGCUCUGUAUUAUCACAGUGUCUGCGGCAAUCUCUCCAGCAGCACUGCUACAGAAGCCACCUAAAAGGAGAACAGUCAAUGGGAAUGCCCAGUCCAAGAUGACAGGCUGCUGCGAUGAGAUUAAAGAGCUCAGGCUGCAGGUAGCCAACCUGAGCAGAAUGCUGCAGGAGCUGAGCAAGAAGCAGGAGGGCGACUGGGUGAACGUGGUCAUGCAGGUGAUGGAGCUGGAAGGAAACACCAAGCAGAUGGAGUCCCGCCUCAUCGAUGCCGAGAGCAAAUACUCCGAAAUGAACAACCAGAUAGACAUCAUGCAACUCCAAGCAGCUCAGACGGUCACACAAACUUCAGCUGUAGAUGCUGUCUAUGACUGCUCAUCACUUUAUCAGAGGAACUACCGAAUCUCUGGUGUUUACAAGCUACCCCCUGAUGAAUUUCUGGGGAGUCCAGACCUGGAGGUGUUCUGUGACAUGGAGACAGACGGAGGUGGCUGGACUAUCAUCCAAAGACGCAAAGUUGGCUUGACAUCUUUCAAUAGGGACUGGAAGCAAUAUARGGAUGGAUUUGGCAAUAUUCGGGGAGAUUUUUGGCUGGGAAAUGAAAAUAUCUACCGGCUUUCAAGACGUCCCACUGUUCUGCGAGUGGAGUUGGAGGACUGGGAAGGCAACAUACGCUACGCACAGUACAAACAAUUCACCCUGAGCAACGAAUUAAACAGCUACCGUCUUUUUGUGGGGAACUACACGGGCAACACGGGGCGUGACUCCCUGCGGUACCACAACAACACCGCCUUCAGCACGAAGGACAAGGACAACGACAAGUGCGUGGACGACUGCGCCCAGUUCCGCAAAGGUGGAUAUUGGUACAACUGCUGCACAGAUUCCAAUCUGAAUGGGGUUUACUACCGCAAAGGUGAACACACUAAAAACAUGGAUGGCAUCACCUGGUAUGGCUGGCACGGAUCAACCUACUCCCUGAAAAGAGUGGAGAUGAAGAUACGGCCAGAGGAUUUCAAACCUUAG